UUAUCUAAUCUGGGUAGCAUGAACUACAAUGUUGUAAUGUUAGUGUGUAAAAGUUCUUGGUUAGUAGGCUUUUUUUCUCGUUUCUAUUUCAGCUCUGAUGUUAGAUUCAGUGGAGCAUUAAUGAGAGUGUAAGGAGUAUAUAUACAUUGUUAAAAACCGUGCUCCUGUUACCAGCUGUAUUACAUAAUAAUACAAAUUGUUUAACAAUAAGUUUCGGCACUCUAAGUCCCUAGUCGAUAUUGUGUUGCUUGCCAUUCAGCUGUCAACUGUUAAUACUCAACUGUUAUACUCGAUUCGACACUGCCCAAUCAUGUUUGGAUUUCUAACCAGGUACAUAGACCGCAAAGUUCAGCGUGUAAAAAAGAGUAUCAUGUCCGUAGGUCUAUGGGCUACUCUGGCCGCUUACCGUGGAUCGGUGUUCUGGAUGUCGGUGGUCACAGUUGUUUGGGCUUCCAUUUUUCUGUACGCGGCUUUCUAUACAGCUUACAUGCCUUCAUUGGCGUACACCCGUCCAGUCCACAUGCAGUACAAACCAUGUUACAGCAACAAAGGCGUUUGUGACUAUCCCUCGGCCCACAUCAAAUUACCUACCAAGAGUAGUAUGAUGAUGAUAGGACAAAAAUACCGAAUAAUAAUAAAUUUGGAUCUGCCCGAGUCUCCAGUCAAUGAACAAGUAGGUAUGUUCAUGGUAUGUGCUCGAUUAGCCGAUAGACACGGGCAAUUGGUUUCUUCAUCGUGCAGGUCAGCUCGAAUACGUUACAUAAGUGACAUAUUACGUAAUCUACGCACUGUCGUCAAAUCUCCUCUUUAUUUGUCCGGUUUGGCCGAAGAGAAACAGUCCAUGGUGUUGGAAAUGUACACUGAUUUUGAAGAAGACAGACUUCAUCCAAUUACAGAUAUUCACUUUGAAGUCCUUGAUCAUGAUGUGCAAAUAUAUGCAGCCCGCAUGACCAUUUUGGCUCGUUUAAGUGGACUUAGAUACUUAAUGUACCACUGGCCUGUGUUUUCAGCAUUAGUUGGUAUAGGGACCAACCUGCUUUUUGCAUUUGCCGUGUUUGCAAUGUCGUGGCGGCACCUAUUUGGCUCAGAAGUGAUCGACAACAAACAUAACAGCGAAUCAUCAUCAUCACAUGGAUCGUUGAUAAAAUUAGAUUCAUCAGAAGAUUCAUCAGAAAGCAGUUCUGAUAGUGCUGACUAUGUGCCGGACGAGAGUAAUGUGUUCAAGGUGAAAAGGUCUACGUAUGCCGCAGCAGAUUUGAUGAUUGCCGAACAAUAAUACUGACAAUCGAAAUAGUUGUUAUUUUUUAUGAAAAAAUCUUACUCGUUUUAAAACUUUUAUGUACACACCAAUAUACACAAAAUUUUAUAUGUUAUUAGAUAUUUAGAAGGUCCGAUACAUACAAUUAUAAUAUUAUAGAUAUAUUGUUACAGCCAAAAUGAGAAUUUUGCUAAAAGUCGAUUUGUCGAACAUUUAUUACUUGGUUACUCUAUCCUAGUUCUAGUAAUUAUGAAUCCUUGCUGUGAUAUGUAUUCUGAUAUCCAUUUUAUUACUCUUGUUAAUUUAUUAAUGUAUUAUAUUAUUAUUGUUGUUGGGUACAUACACAUUUC